UUAGCACUGCGCCGCAGUGCCUUAGACCACUGCGCCACUCGGGAGGCCCCGGGAAGUUACUCUCUAACAGGAUCCAUACAACCCCUGGUGGACAGAUGGCCUGUAUUAGUAGGCCUACACGUGAGGCUUGACGUUAGCCUACUCUCCAUCCGGCUGUAACUGAGCUCUCCUAGAUAGCCAUGGCUGUAUGAAUCUUAGACUGUACAUAAGGUUAGGUAUGAAUAUAUGUGCAGUCAGACAGGUGAUGAGGUGACAGGGCCAGAACUGUCCAGCGAAGUUAGCUACUCACUUUCAAGAAGAUUGUUACUGAACUCUGCUAGCCAGAUGGCUGAGACUGGGUCAGUAGUACUAGUCAGUAGUCAGUCAUUACAUAGAUGUGAUAGAACCCAUACUCGGAAAUGUGAUGGGAACCCAUACUGCAGUAGAAGCUUCGUCGCAAUCCUGGAUAUCUCAACAGAGACAUAAUCUCAAAGCCAGUCAUACACCAAAUCAUCCAGUAAAGUGCAGUAGGUUUAUACAGGAACAGACACGCAGGCCAGGCAAUAUUCAUCAUCAGUAAUCGAGGGUCGACACAGAAAUAGAAACACAGACUUAAUGAAUGAUUAAGAGAGUGGGGUGAAUCAUGGAUGGAAUGGAGUUUAGAAAUGGAAAUUUAAUGGAUUUAGAAUAUGGGGGAUUUGAGGUAAGGAUAUCUUAACUUAAAUCUUCUACUAUAACAAAUAUAGUGUUUUAUAAUUACAACGUUUUAUAUCAUGGGAAGGAAAACCCCUCAAAUUAUUUAUUGGGUUAUUUGCAAAUGCAGAAUUCUUUAUUUUCUCUAACACUGACAUUACAUUUACAUGUACAGUAUAACUUUGACGUCUGAAAACCAUGAAACAUUCUGGUACAGCUCACAUUACAGAUUUCCCUUACAAUUCAAACGCUGCAUUGAGAAAGGCCUUCCAGUUGAGGAUUCAGGCAUAUAUAAUGGGAAAUAUGAUUUGAGACGCACAUCAUGCAAUGCCUUGUGUAUCUUUCAAUCUUAGUAAAUUGUGUUGAAGACAAUAGUAAAGGCACUGUUAAUAUUGUCAAUCAUUGCUCAUUAUCUUUUUUGCUUUGUAUUCAACAGAAAUAGAUUGUGUUCACAGUACAUGUAAGCUAAUCUUUAAUGUAAAAUCAUAAAUAAAUAGUCCCAGGUCCAGUGGUACUGAUGUUGCCAUGUUCCAUUUAUGCUAUUUUUUCCUGUGAUAAUUUCAUAAAAUUAUUGGGAUUAGGGUAAAAAAUGUAUCAUAAUUUUGAUUAGACAUUAAACUGCAUUAUUCACUCUAACCUGAUGAAGGGAGGUUCAAUAAAUACUCUAGCUGGGUGUUGUCCUAAUCAGGGUGUCUGAUCAGUGGUUAGGGUGUGACCCCAGUCACCUGAUGUUGAUCCAAUGAUGUAGGUGAGACAGGAGAGGAUCAAGACAACACAUCCAGCACAUCAAAAACGAAUUAUUACCUUAUCAAUACAGGCUUACGGGAUUAACAUUUAACAUUGAGAUAGCAAAUAAGAGCAUUAACAAUAUACACAAAUGUUGUUUGUACUUAUGUAUUAUCAUAGACUUUAUGUUAGAACUGUGAUUCAAAUUAAGAUACAAAUGGACCCAGGCAAACUCAUGAACAUUUACUAUGGAGUUCUAGAAUGUUUUACUUGAUUCCAAAAUAGCCAAACUUGUCUUUCACAUUUUGGAAAAUCUGGGCUUGAAUCAAAUAAUUUUCUGAAAUAGAUUACGGUUCAACCUUGUUCUAACAAUACAUGUUUGGUGAAAUCAUAUCGUUUUUUCUACAUCUAAAACUUUCCCUCCCUCUUGCUCUGAGAGAAAGCAAGAGUGAAAUAAGAGAGAGCAGCAUGGGGACAUGGAAGGCUGGCCUGAGAGUCAAACCCCUGGGAGGACCCUGACCAUUUGGCUUGAUGUUGAAUAAACACAAAUGUGUCUCCCCCCUCUAAAAACAGGCUCUCCUCUGCCCCAUGCUGAUCCUGUUUAUGUGUUUUAGCCAGGUUUCUGUUUUAAGUCCAGGUGCUAAACACCUUCCCUCUGAGAUAAGAGAUGAUUAAUGCCUUUGAAUGAGCAACGGUUUAAUGGCUCAAAGCUUAAUUAAGCUGUGGAUGGACACACUCACCAAUGGGAUCCGACAGCAUAUAUACAAGGUCCAGCCCAGCCAGACAGCUGAGAUGAAAAGAAAACUCCAUAUUUUGGAUAUCAUCCCUUUGAUGUGAAUGAUGACCCCCGCCUUUUAGGCCCCAUCCCUGUCCGCUACCACCAUGGAAAUUUGAUUAGUUUGCCCUUUUUAAUUCCGCACCACUUGCAGAGAGGGUCCUUGGGCUGGUGGUGACAAUUGUGACCAAAGCCUGAUCCCAUAUAAAUAUCAGAGGGUGUGGAAACCAGCAGGCCAUUCGGUCAGGAACUAGCUAUCAGGGAAGCUGUGCUUUGAGGAGGAACCAUAAGGGAGCAUAAGGAGUAUUUACCAUGGAUAUACUGCUGCCCUACCUACUGCUCAUUCUGUGGGCUCUCAACGUAGCCUCAGCUUCCUUGUUGAACAAACAUGUGGAGCACAGGAACCCGUUUGCACUGAGAGCCUGCUGCAAGAGACAGAGCCACUUUGUUUACAUCGGCCAAGACAUCUCUGGUAGUCCUGUGAGUGUGGAUGUGGGGAUGUGCAGGACUCACUGUGGGGGAGAACAAAGCAGGACAUCACAUGAGGCUGGACAACAGCAGGGCUAUUCCAAACAUUCCUCCAUGUUGGAAUACUUCAGAAGCAAAAAAGUAAGGGUCCGCAAACCUACCACUCCAAUCAGUGCCAAGGGUUCUGGUCAGGUUACGUCCUGCGGGGUGAACCAUAACUGUGAGCCGACCGGGGUGAGGGUGGACCAGAUGCUGCUGUUCAAGGGUCCCCGGGAGGUGGAGGUCAUAGAGGAAUGCCACUGUGAAAACAAACUGACCCAAUGUGUCCGGGUUCCGGCGCUCAAAACCUACUUCUUUAAGACCCCAUACGAGACUGUCAUCGAUGUGGGAAGCUGUUCGGGUUCGAAAGGUUCUCCAGAUGGGUUCUCCUGCGUGCCCACUAAAUUUGACUCGGCCUUGGUGAAGACCCCUAACAAGGUAGACCUGGUCCAGACAGUGGAGGUCUGUGAGCUGAGUAAGAGCUGCUAUAGAGUUCCCUACAUGGAGUACUACUAUGAAAUAGUCUAUGAUGCUAACGGAGUCAAAGAGGAGAAACUCAAGGAAAUAGACGUGGGCAGAUGUUUAGGAGGCUGCACCACAGGAAACCGCUGUCUUCUCAGGAGCCACUCUGAUUCCGAAGUGUGCUAUCUGUGGGCAGAGAGACCCACCAACUCUUGUGUCCCUCGGGGCUACGACAGCCACAUGUCCCUCAACCAGCAUGGCCAGAUACAUACAGUUCUCUCCAUCUCCUCUUGUUUCUGUCAGUCCUGAACCAGUCCUCAGUAGGAUGCCCUCUAGUGGAGCAGAAACACACUGAUAUCCCCUGAGAACAAGAAGCUACUGCCCUGUCAGGUCCAGAAACAACCCCUAUAGCCUCUAACCCUUAGCAAGUAAUGUAGAUCUCAAAUACUUUGAUAGGUAAAAGCAAUGCAUGAUUGUAAUGUAACUUGCCAAUCCACUUGUCUAUCCAAAUGCAGCAUUGAAGUGCCACACAGUGCCCAAGGAUUAGGGGCUAGGGAUUAUUUUUGUGUGGGGUCUUCAAAUCGUCCUUGUUUUAGACUGCAGUCCUAUACCAUUCAUUUCUCCAGUGUAGAGCUAAUGAUCUCUCUGCAAAAAAUUGCUAAAGAUAUUCUUGUAUUGUAUGUAAUAUAUGUAUAAAAUAAUUUAAAUAAAAUG